UUUGAAAAAAUUAGAACAGUUGGAAAAGGAGCGUAUGGGGCAGCUGUUUUAUACAAGAAGAAAGAUGAUGAAUCUUUAGUUAUUUUAAAAGAAAUUAACAUGCAUGACCUAAAUGCAUCUGAAAGACAGUUAGCACUUAAUGAGGUAAGUGUACUAGCCAUGUUAGACCACCCCAAUAUUAUCAGCUAUUAUGAUAGCUUUGAGGAAGAUGGUGUACUAAUGAUUGAAAUGGAAUAUGCAGACAAUGGAACACUUGCUCAGUACCUUGCCAAACAGGAGCGCCCCUUAGUAGAACAAUGCAUACUAGGAAUGUUCCAACAAAUGGUUGCAGCCAUUAGACAUAUCCAUUUACAUAACAUUUUGCACAGAGAUCUCAAAACAGAAAAUAUUUUUCUAACCAAGGAAGGUGUUAUAAAAAUUGGAGACUUUGGAAUAUCAAAGAUGAUGGGAUCAACUAAUAUUGGCGCUCAAACAGUUCUCGGAACGCCUUACUAUAUCAGUCCAGAAAUGUGUGAAGGAAAGCAAUACAGCUUCAAAUCAGAUAUAUGGGCGCUUGGCUGUAUCUUAUAUGAAAUGGCUUGCUUGCAAAAAACGUUUGAAGGGUCCAAUUUGCCUGCAGUGGUUAACAAAAUAAUGAAAGGUCAGUUUGCACCACUGAAAGGAAAUUUUAGUGAAGAGUUUAAAGAAAUAGUAACAGUUAUGUUGAAGAAAAAUCCAGAAGAAAGACCAGAGGCCCAGUACAUAAUGUAUAACCUUCUACCCAAACUGAUUAAUAAAAAUUCCAAGAUAAAAUCUGACCAGGAUGACACUUCUGGAGAAAAUCAAUCAAACAAGGGAAAAUUUAGAUCGGUUCUGUAUUAUUUAGAAUGCUCAUCAACAAUUCUCACCUGCAUCAAUGAUUUACCCCCUCGCAUGAAGAUAAAAGUUAUGGCCGUUGGGUCCGAUCACGUUAUUGUGACGACAACUGAGAGACAGGUCUUCUCUUGGGGCUUUGGAGGUAAUGGACAACUAGGCCAUGGUGACACAAAAGACAGGCACACGCCAACCCCAGUGGAAGGCCUGAAGGGAAAGUCUAUCACGAUGUGCUGUUGUGGAUUAGGAUUCAGUGUAUUUGGAAGUGAUAACGGCUUAGUUCUGACAUGUGGUGAUGGCAGGAGUGGUUGCCUGGGACACGGCGAUUGGUGCAGCACAACACGACCUAGACUCAUUGAGUCUCUGCUAAGUGUGGAUGUAAUGGCCAUGGCCAGCGGCCUGAGUCAUGUAGUGGUAAUAGGAAGAGCGGGGCAGGUUUUGUCAUGGGGGGAUGGCUCGUAUGGUCAGUUGGGGCUUGGUUCAGAGGAGAACUACUGCAUUCCAGCCUUGGUUCAUAUCACAGAUUCAGUGAUUUUUAACAAUGUUCAGUGUGGUGUUGAUGGGACAAUGCUCAUAUCUGAUGUUGGAGGCGUUUAUGCUUGUGGCAACAAUGAAAACAACAAACUUGGCCUUAACAACAGGCAGGGUUUUCUCAAAGCAAUGAAAAACAUCUUCACUAAAACAGAAGUUGAUGGUAGCAAUACUCCUACACCGGUCAGGGCUCUGGCUCGCCAUCGGGUCCUUGCAGUUUCUAUGGGUGUUAACCACACGUCGGUUAUUGUGGAACCUGGCCAUGUGAUAACAUUUGGUAGAAACUCUGAGGGGCAGUUGGGUACCUCAAACACCAAGUCCUCAAAUGCUCCAGUUGAAGUUAAAGCUCUAGAAGGCAAAGUAGUUAACCGCAUACAAUGUGGAGAACACUACACCAUAGCCAGUACUAAAGACCAUGAGUUGUACUACUGGGGA